AUGUAAUCAAUAUUAAUAACAGGAGGAUUAGGAUACAUAGGAUCAAUAACAAUAACUGAAUUGUAUAAGGCAAUUGGAAAACAAUACAAAGUAAUAUAUAUUUUAUGAUUAGAUAAUAAUUUUGGAUAAUUUAAGUAAUAGUAAUAUAUAAGUUUUGGAUACAAUUAGUAGUAUAAUAGGUGAGAAGCUAGAUUUGCACAUAGUAGAUAUUUAGAAUUAUAAUGAUUUGGUGGAAGUGUUUAAGAAAUAUAAAGAAUAAUAUCCAAUAAAUUAUAUAAUUCAUUUUGCUGCAUUAAAGGCUGUUGGUGAAUCUGUUGAAAAUCCAAUAAAAUAUUAUUAAAAUAAUGUUGUAGGUACAUUAAACCUAUUAAAAUGUGCUGAAGAAUAUAAAUGUUAAAACUUUUUAUUCAGUUCUUCAGCCACUGUUUAUGCUCCUGGUGAAUUUGUAGAUGAAGAAGCUUCAUUUAAACCAUCAAAUCCAUAUGGAGAAACUAAAGUAGCAAUUGAAUAUUUGAUCAGAUCAUUAUCAAAAAAAGGAGGAAGAUAUCUUUGUUUAAGAUAUUUUAAUCCAGUUGGAGCAACUAAAGAUGGUAAACUUGGAGAAAUGCCUAAUAAACCUAAUAAUUUAUUUCCUUAUAUAGAAUAAGUUGCCAUUGGAAAUCUUGAAUAAUUAUAUGUUUUUGGUAAUGAUUAUAAUACUCCUGAUGGUACAGGAAUUAGAGAUUAUAUUCAUGUUUUAGAUUUAGCAGAAGCUCAUGUUGUAGCAUUAUAAGAAUUAAUUAAAAAAGAUUAAAUGAAUGAAAAUUACUAUGAUUAUUUUAAUAUUGGAACAGGUAAAGGUUUCAGUGUUUUAGAUAUUGUUAAUGAAUAUUCUAAAUUAGUACCUAUAAAGUAUUAAUUUACAAACAAAAGAGGUGGAGAUGUUGCAAUAUUAGUGGCCAAUCCAAAUAAAACAAAAGAUAAAUUAGGAUGGAUUGCUAAAAGAGGACUAUCAGAAAUGUGUUAAGAUUCAUAUAAUUUCAUUAAAUCAAAAUAAUAAUGAUAUAUUUAUAAUAAUAAUAAAUCAUCUACCCNGAUUAGGAUACAUAGGAUCAAUAACAAUAACUGAAUUGUAUAAGGCAAUUGGAAAACAAUACAAAGUAAUAUAUAUUUUAUGAUUAGAUAAUAAUUUUGGAUAAUUUAAGUAAUAGUAAUAUAUAAGUUUUGGAUACAAUUAGUAGUAUAAUAGGUGAGAAGCUAGAUUUGCACAUAGUAGAUAUUUAGAAUUAUAAUGAUUUGGUGGAAGUGUUUAAGAAAUAUAAAGAAUAAUAUCCAAUAAAUUAUAUAAUUCAUUUUGCUGCAUUAAAGGCUGUUGGUGAAUCUGUUGAAAAUCCAAUAAAAUAUUAUUAAAAUAAUGUUGUAGGUACAUUAAACCUAUUAAAAUGUGCUGAAGAAUAUAAAUGUUAAAACUUUUUAUUCAGUUCUUCAGCCACUGUUUAUGCUCCUGGUGAAUUUGUAGAUGAGGAAGCUUCAUUUAAACCAUCAAAUCCAUAUGGAGAAACUAAAGUAGCAAUUGAAUAUUUGAUCAGAUCAUUAUCAAAAAAAGGAGGAAGAUAUCUAUGUUUAAGAUAUUUUAAUCCAGUUGGAGCAACUAAAGAUGGUAAACUUGGUGAAAUGCCUAAUAAACCUAAUAAUUUAUUUCCUUAUAUAGAAUAAGUUGCCAUUGGAAAUCUUGAAUAAUUAUAUGUUUUUGGUAAUGAUUAUAAUACUCCUGAUGGUACAGGAAUUAGAGAUUAUAUUCAUGUUUUAGAUUUAGCAGAAGCUCAUGUUGUAGCAUUAUAAGAAUUAAUUAAAAAAGAUUAAAUGAAUGAAAAUUACUAUGAUUAUUUUAAUAUUGGAACAGGUAAAGGUUUCAGUGUUUUAGAUAUUGUUAAUGAAUAUUCUAAAUUAGUACCUAUAAAGUAUUAAUUUACAAACAAAAGAGGUGGAGAUGUUGCAAUAUUAGUGGCCAAUCCAAAUAAAACAAAAGAUAAAUUAGGAUGGAUUGCUAAAAGAGGACUAUCAGAAAUGUGUUAAGAUUCAUAUAAUUUCAUUAAAUCAAAAUAAUAAUGA